AUGCAUGCCGCCCACAGGGGCAUGAACACAAUUCUCGGCGACUUGCUGGAAGCUGCUCGCGAGAAGCAGCGCAAGAAGGACCGUGGCGAGCGUGUGGAGCUUGACGACAAGGAUGCAGCGGCCCUGGGACGCAGCUGGAUGCAGAAGAGCCAGCGGCGCAAUUCGCAGCGCCGGAGAAGUAGUGAGGUUGGUGAUGGUUGGCCCGUGGGAGGCCUUGUUCCAGGUGCCGAUGCAGACAUGGCCGAAGGUGGAG